GUAUAUGCUCCCACAGCACUUCCUGUAAGAGUUCUCUUUGCUCGGGAGUAAAAAUGGCAAGUUCAGUCGCAAACGUAGGACGUCUCUUUUGGCGCUCCAGCAACAAAUUACAACGGUUUGCAGCGCCUGUUGCAUUGAAUGCAACACAACAAAGAGAUUAUGGAACUAAGAGAAUCAAGGUUGCCAACCCUGUUGUGGAAAUGGAUGGGGAUGAAAUGACUCGCAUCAUUUGGGAAAAGAUCAAGGAAACUCUGAUCCUGCCCUACGUUGAUGUUGAUCUGAAGUACUACGAUCUGGGCUUGCCAUACAGAGACCAGACUGAUGACCAGGUUACCAUUGAUGCAGCUCUGGCCACCAAGAAAUACAAUGUGGCUGUCAAGUGUGCAACAAUCACUCCAGACGAAGAACGUGUAGAAGAAUUCAAGCUGAAAAAGAUGUGGCUGAGUCCUAAUGGAACAAUCAGGAACAUUCUUGGAGGAACAGUAUUCCGAGAGCCAAUUAUCUGUCAGAAAGUUCCUCGCCUGGUGCCAGGAUGGACAAGACCUAUUGUCAUUGGUCGUCAUGCUCACGGGGACCAGUACAAAGCUACAGACAUGGUUAUUCCUGGAAAUGGCAAACUUGAGCUCAUUUACACACCCGAGGGAGGUCAGGAGCAAAGGACAACCGUGUUCGACUUCAAAAAUGGUGGUGGAUGUGCCAUGGCCAUGUACAAUACUGAUGAGAGCAUCACUGCUUUUGCCCAUACCUGCUUCCAGUACGCAAUCAUGAAGAAGUGGCCCUUGUACAUGAGCACAAAGAACACAAUCCUCAAAAGAUACGACGGAAGAUUCAAGGACAUCUUUGAGGAAGUCUACCAGCAAGGCUACAAAGCCAAGUUUGAUGAGCUCAAAAUCUGGUACGAACACCGUCUCAUUGACGACAUGGUGGCCCAGGCACUGAAGUCUGAUGGAGGAUUUGUGUGGGCGUGUAAGAACUAUGACGGAGACGUCCAGUCCGAUGUGGUAGCCCAGGGUUACGGCUCCCUAGGUCUGAUGACCAGUGUGCUAGUGUGCCCCGACGGAAAGACUGUCGAGUCUGAAGCUGCUCACGGAACUGUUACUAGACAUUACAGGGAACACCAGAAGGGUAACCCAACAAGCACAAACCCGGUAGCCAGUAUUUAUGCCUGGACAAGGGGACUUGAACACAGAGGCAAACUCGAUGGAAACAAUGACCUUAUCACAUUUUCACAAAAAUUGGAGAAAGCCUGUGUUGACACUAUUGAUAGUGGAAAAAUGACCAAGGACUUAGCUGGUUGUAUAUAUGGGUUGAAGAAUGUAAAACCCGAGCAUUACCUUAACACAAUGGACUUUCUGCAGGCCAUCCGUGAAACUCAGGAAAAGAUGUGAUGAACUCGGGUGUGAACUAAUAGCUAUAACAAAAGUCUGUGAUCCUCAAAAGUCAAAACGAAAAAUUUAAAUCAGAUACUCUUUAUCUUUGAUACUGGAAUAAUGGUCUGAUAUCUUUACAUAGGCAGCUUUUAGUUAGCCAAAUUGUGACACUUCAUUAUCUUACUAUUUAUAUACUAAUCAUGUCAGAUGGAAUUUUUAUUCCGCAGUAUUAGUGAAAUUUUAGUCAUGUUAAUGGUUGUUUUUGAUUUGUAUUAACAUACUUUCUUCUGCUUUAUUGAUGCAUAGAUUAUACACAGACCGAGUUUAUGCAGUUUCGUUUUUUUUUUUAUAUACACACUAAGUGCCAAUUUUGAAAGUGCUUUUUUUUCUACACAAACCUUAUAAGUCUUACUGCCGAAUUGUUGCUCUGCAGGCAGGAUACAAAACCAUGUGACAAUUGUGCAACAUUCCAGCAGCAAGAAAAAUCAAAUUUUUCCAGAUUGGACCACUGACUAUUAUAGAAGUUUGUCCUUUUGUGUGAAAUAAAAUGUUAAACUACAGGA